GCAAAACUUGGCUGAUGAACAAAGUGGUUUUUUCACGAAAUGCUUAUUAAUUUUUCUCACACUUGUGGAAAAAAGAAUAUCUGUGUGUGAACGCAUUUUUUUUUUUUUUUUCUCCUCGCAAUUGUUGUUACACGAAAUGUGUUUUUAAGGCAUUUCCCUCCACACGUUUAGCACGCUCGUCACACUUGACACACUUGACACUUUUUACACUUUUGCCGCCCUCCGUAUGUAUCUUAUCCUUCCUGUUCUCUACAGGUUGCAUUUGAUCUAGUUAUCAAGUUACGAAAAAAUAAUUUACGUUCAUGUGCACAAAUCGCCGUGCGAGUCAUUAUAAAACCUUGCAAACGUGUACACCUCAAUUUUUUAACUCACCUCUGCUCACUUAGUUUUUCACUUGGAAGCAUUUCUGCUCAUGUGCAAAAGGCGCAGCGCUUAAGUGUUUACGUGCGAUGCUGGAUUGCCCAUUUGAACGAUGAACGGUUAAGCCGAUACGGUGCUAAUCUGUAAGCCGCUAAUCAAUCGGGUGAACACUGCAAUCUGCUAAUCUGCCAAUCUGUGAACGGCUGAGCGAGGAAUUGCCAAAUUGCUGAACGAACGCAAAGUGCCAAUUUUCUAACUCGUGAAGAGGCAUAUUUUCCUUUAAACGCUCACAUGCGUAUAUGUGUUGAGUUGACACAAUUUCAAAGAGUACUCGCAGAAGUUCAAAAGUUAACACAAACGCUGAUGCAUUGCAUUACAUUACAUGACAUUACAUAAAACAGGCCAUGCCAUGACUCACACUUAAGCAUCAUCUCCAGUAAACAUUUAUUUUUGCGAAAACUGUUCGUGCGUAACUCUAUUUUUUCUUGCUUUCCCUCAAGCGAUUGCAGUGUCACGCUUUAGCAUAACGUAUCCAUCCUUAAGCGAUUACGAUAAAAGGGAUUUACAUAAAUAUAUAUGCAUCACAUGAGUAUACAUUUUUUUUUUUUUUUGCCAUAUAUACUUUAUACAAUACAUUUCUUUUUGAGAAAAAAAAAAAAUUCAUAAUACAUUUCCCUUUGCUUUGAAAAAAUAUAGUAUGCAUACUCGUUUGUAUGUUUUUCACUAAGUAUGUGAGUAAAUAUGUGACAUACCUUUUCUUUUGCUUUGCUUUUUCACAUUGUAAGAAGGAAAAGAAACCAAGUUUUUUCCCCCUCACAUUUCUUUAAAUCCAAAGAUUAAUACUUUUAAAUUUUACAUACAAAAGAAAGGAAGAAAAAAAAAAAAAAGCGGAAAAGCCGAAUUAACGAAAGUAAUAAGUUUAAGUGUUCACAUUUUGGUUAAAACUUCUUCCCAUUCUUUGUACUCCUCGCAUUCUUUGCGUCCCUCUUACAAAUAGAACGAAAAAAUGGGGUCCUCCAUCCAGCCAUCAAGAUUUUUAGAUAGUGCCGUGCUAUCCCUGUUUGCUAUGGUCAUUUCGGCAGCAUUCCUCUACAUGUUUUCAGAAUUUUACUUGUUAUCAUUCGAAGCCAAGUUACUUAACAACAAAAUAAGCAUGGUGUUGUCUCGUUUAUUUCCAUUCAAAAAGACCUUCGAGUACAACCUGACCCACAUACUGCUCCUGACCAUAUGCAUAAUCAUCCUUAGCAUUAAGCCUGAUUAUAGCUUCCACAGCAAGCUGACCUUUAAGGAAUGCAAAAGAAGCCAGGGGAAGGAAGACUCGCACAAAAUGGACGACCUUGAUAGAAUGCAAAGAGACAAGAAAAAAUGA